AGUCAUGUGGUGAAACGGAUGCUGCGUCAAAAGCAGCGAGAGGAAGCGCUGCGGUGCCGGUCCGGAGGGGUUUAUCAGACCCAAACGACACGAUUAUUAAUCUUACUGAUUAUAUUUAUGGCGAGUUCGUGUUCGCGGCUGUGUGUGUUUAUGUGGGGGGCAGGAAGGCGGUGACGUGUGUGUUUUCAGGCUGUGACUCGCUCCACCCACUCAGUGCUGCGGUCAGCUGACUCAGAGCCGCUUUUACUUUCAGACUCCAAAGCGAAGAAACAAAGAAUCCGGGGGGACAGAGGGUCCAGAGAGGGGUCUGAAGGACUUCAACAUGAGGGUCUGCUUUAACCAUGGAGCAGCAGAGGAGGGGACCCAGUGCUGAGGAGCACUCAGACGGCUUAGCGUGGCGUUUUUAAAGGUGUUAAAGUGAGGAGGUCUGUGCUGGUCAGUCAUGUCCGAGUCCGAGUCUGCCCUGCCGCUCUGUAAGCGCCUGAGCUAUGCGGUGGGACACUUUCUGAACGACCUGUGCGCCUCUAUGUGGUUCACCUACCUGCUGGUGUUCUACCACUCAGUGCUGGGCUUUCAGAACUCCUAUGCAGGCGUGCUGCUGUUAGUGGGGCAGGUAGCUGAUGGAGUCUGCACGCCUCUGAUUGGGUACGAGUCUGAUAGGACUGAUGGAUGUGGGACGUAUGGGAAGAGGAAAACCUGGCAUCUAGUAGGAACUGUCAGUGUCUUGCUGUCCUUCUCCUUCAUCUUUAACCAGUGUAUUGGCUGUGACCUGAGCACUCCACAGUGGGCCAGUCUCAUCUACUUCAUUCCCUUCAUCGUCAUCUUCCAGUUUGGCUGGGCCGCCACCCAGAUCUCCCACCUGUCCCUCAUUCCAGAGCUGGUGUCAUCUGAGCACGCCAAAGUGGAGCUCACAGCGUACAGGUAUGCUUUCACAGUGGUAGCCAACAUCACGGUGUACGCGGUGGCCUGGAUUCUCUUCCAUUUCCAAUCCGGAGAGGAUCCCUCUGUCGCGGAUAAUCUCGGCCCUGUAGACAUUCCUGUGUUCAGAAAUCUGAGUCUGAUCGUGUUGGCCAUUGGGGCGCUCUUCUCCCUGCUCUUCCACCUCGGGACGCGUGAGACCAAAGCCGAGCAGAGUGAUGAUGAGGACUAUGGCUCCAGUGAAGGAGAACGGCAGCCUCUUCUAAGCCGAAACUCUCCCUCCACCCCUAUGCAGUGGCAGCACUGGCUCAGAGAGCCGUCCUUCUACCAGGUCGCUGUCCUUUACAUGUGCACCAGACUUAUAGUGAAUCUGUCACAGACGUAUAUAUCCAUGUACCUCACUAACACGCUCCUGCUGCCAAAGAAAUACAUCGCUACCAUACCGCUGGUGAUGUACGUCAGUGGCUUUGUUUCCUCAUUCAUCAUGAAACCCUUCAGCAAGCUAAUAGGGAAAUGUAUGACCUAUUUCAUGGGUCUGGUGCUGAUCAUGGUGUUCUCCUACUGGGUUCUUCUGGACACUCAAAUGGGCAACGGUGUGUACGGAGCAGCAGUGCUGCUGGGGGCGGGGUCAGCCACUAUCCUGGUCAUGUCACUCGCCAUGACAGCAGAUCUGAUAGCAGAUCAGACACAAAGCGGAGCGUUUGUGUACGGAGCUAUGAGUUUCACUGACAAGGUAGCCAAUGGACUCGGGGUCAUAAUCAUUCAGGGCCUGCAUCCAUGCCAUACUCAGGCCUGCUGUCCCGCGUGCGUGUGGUAUUAUCACUACGUGAUGGUGAUUGUAACUGGUGGAGUGGCUGUUGUAGCAGCACUCUGCCUUUGCUCUAUUCUCAUCUGGCCUAUCAAGAUCGUCCGCCGCCUGGCUGUGAUGAACGGUCUGAUGUCGUCAGAUGGAGAGGAUUCAGAAAACAGCAGUGAUUCGGGGGUCAUCAACUGAUCCUCUCUGAGCAGGGUCCACUGCACGGGCGGCAAAUUAAGUUGUAGAAAUUUGCACGUACUGAACGAGAAGCAUCAUUUCUUGCAGUACAAACUGCAGGUGUUCUUUGAAAAAAGAAAUGAACAUGUCCAAGCUCCGCCCACAAAUGGGUAGCAACUGUUGCUAGGUUGGACAAGCUUUACAGUUUUAUAGAGCUUUAC